GGCGAUACCGAUGCAGCAUCAAAUUCAGAGAUGCAAAUAUAAUCAUGCUUGGAUUUACUUUGAAAAAUUGUUUUACAAAUAAACAACAGUGUUUGAAAACGAGUAUUUUCUGUAUAACAAAUAUGAAAGGCAUCAUGGUAACGCGACAUCAAACUUCAACGAAGAAUAUCAUAAACCCAAAGGCGGAACUUUUGGUUAAGUUACUUAACGUAAGUGAGGAUAAAGCAAUGUAUUUUCUAACAAAUCCAAAAACCGACCGUCGACCAAUCGAAAAAAUCACCAAAACCUACGAAAUUUGUUUGAAAUAUGGAUUUGGCGACGUGUUCGACAUCGCAAGACUAUUACCUAUCACAGCAAGUAUUUUGGAGCGACGAAUAAAUUACUUUCAAGAGUUCGGUUUUACAAAAUUACCAUUAUGUAUAAUAUUAACUUCCACGGGUGGUGCCAAAUACACUAUUCAAGAAUUUCAGGCAAAGAAUCUGCUACCGGCUGGUGUUGACGUUGUUGCUAAAAAUAUUUUCAAUAUUCUCAAUAAUCCACCCCCAGAUUUUCCAUGCUCAGAUUUACUUGAGAAAAGUAAGAGUCUUUACGAAUAUCGCUCCGUUUCCAUGAAGCAUUAUCUCAAGUGGCGGCUAAAGUACACUGAAAAGGAAUCGAGCAAAUUGAUAAAAGAUAACAAACUGGUUCGCUAUUUGCCUAUAAAAUCAGUUGAACAAACAAUCGACUUUCUAGAGUAUGAACUUGUUGUUCCUAACACUUUGAUAAAAUCAAAUUGUCAUCUACUCUUCAGAGAAGCAGUAUCUUUGAGGCAGUUGCUGAUAGCGUACAGAAAACUUUUCGGCAAUGAUUUGAACGCUAUAGUUAGAAGAAAUCCAAAAAUUUUGCUUAUAAACCCAAACCUGAUCCCCGGAAGGCUAGAGAUUUUAAAAAAAUAUGGUGUGGAAGAAUCUGUGUUGAAAACAUAUCCUUCUGCAUUAUUACUCUCAAAGAAAACACUGGAAUCGAGGCUGGAAGAGAUACAUAGUAUACCAGAGUUGAGAGGUUUUCUUCAUCAUACACGCUUUCUGCUCUUAAUUAUGUAUACAAACAAAGUAAUGAAACGUUUACAGUUAAUGAAAGCGCAUAAUGUGAAGAGCAUUAGCAUUAGUACACUUAGCUCCAGUGAAGUUUUUUUCAAUAAACAACUUCGAGCUGGACUAGUACGAGCUAAAGGUACAGACUGUGUGCAAUUUUUGAGUAAAAAAAUAGGCAUCUCUGAAGCUAUUGUUCACCAGUAUUUACAGAGGAAUCAAAUGUGGCUUCAUGCACCAUUUAUCGAUGUCGUGAAUAUGUAUUAUUUUUUAAGAGGAAGAAAUUAUACCAACGAAGAUAUUCUGAAUAAUAUUCAGAUUCUACUCUACAAAAGUUUCCGUGUUGGAGAAUUACUGGAAAAAAUAGAUUCCGAUGAAUCCGAGAAAUCUAAUAAUUGGACUCCUAGUCAGAAACUUGCUUUGUGUGUUUAUUAUAUUGAAAAAAAAUAUCACUUUUCCGGAGGCGGUGUAUUAGAGGAUAUACCUGACCAGCGUUUACUGACGUCGAAUCCAAUAACUCCAGAUGAGGUUUUGCGAGAGACAGAAUUUGAACAACAUAAACGUCAUAAGAAAAAGCCUUUGUAAUUAUUAUACUAUUAAAUCUACUUUCGUAUCUGUUAUCUAUUGACAAAAUUCCGAGAUAUCUAGUCUUAGAUAAUUAAUGGCAUCAUUCUCGUGAUUCAAACUUUUUUGUUCCACCUGUCAGAUCACAAUAGAUCUACAUCUUUGUGUGAAUAAUGCAACAGAUUCAAUUUGCGACUGUACAAAGUGAAUUAUAAGAUCGAUUUCACUUAAAAAUAUACGUAUUCAUCUAUUAAAACACUUUUAUAAAUACC